AACUUGGGUUAGAUAUUUACCGGAAAUUAGCGUUGCAAGACGCCGCGUAGUGUAACCAUGGUAAUUCUCGCGAGAUCGUUCGUAACUUCGCCGAGUAUAAAAGUCACGUGACCGCCACGUUCUAUCUUUCAGUCCGCAAAUUCAGCGUCGCACAACAUUUAAAAAUUCUAGAGUAAAUUCAGUUAGCAGUUUUAAACAUGCCAGGUCGUGGAAGGGGCGUGAAGAGAAGGGGCACGGAUAAACGUGGCCCGACAACAAGGGCAGCCGAGGCUAAACGAGCAAGGCCGGCAAUUGACGACGGCACAGGUCCGGACAGAGGUAGGCAAAAUACACCAAUUAUUGAUUUUGAACAGAUAAUUCGUGAUUCUGAGGUUGUACAUGGCAUUCAAAGUAGAGAAACUCAAACUUUCAAUAACGAUUUUGAGUCUAAUAAUUUAUUUUCAAGUAGAAAUAAUCCCGACUCAGAACAGAACAACACUCAAGGUGAAUGUCCGGUAUUGACCGCGCAAAACAUGGACGUUGUAAACCAAAAUGAUGGCUCAAAUUGUUAUGCUAACGCUACCGACAAUUAUACAAUGUUAGGUAGUAAUGAACCGUUAGUGCAUUUUAACAAUUCAUUGAACUAUGCAAAUUCGUUUCCUCAAAAUUAUGACAUGACACGCUUAGCGCAAGAUGAUAUCGCUAUUCAUGUUCCCUCAAGCAUAAAGCAGAAAAUAUGCGGGGGUGAAUAUAUCAACAUGGCAUUACUUCUUAAGGGUGCGGUGGAACUUUCAGAUUUUGCCUCGGGAAGUACUUUGCAGUUUUCUCAUGAUGGUACAAUUACUUGUCGGCCUAAAGAGUGUAAAGAUGACAUCGGAAAUAUCGAACGCUGGUCCGAUGCUUUUAUCAUUUUUAUCUCAUCUGAUUUUUUGAAAAAAAAUGAUGAGUUAUUGUCAUCACUUGAGCGGUUGUCGGCGUCGGCGUCGGCGUCGGCGUCGGCGUUGCCUGGUUAAGUUUUAUGUUUAGGUCAGCUUUUCUCCUAAACUAUCAAAGCUAUUGCUUUGAAACUUGGAAUACUUGUUCACCAUCAUAAGCUGACCCUGUAUAGCAAGAAACAUAACUCCAUCUUGCUUUUUGCAAGAUUUAUGGCCCCUUUUGUACUUAGAAAAUAUCAGAUUUCUUGGUUAAGUUUUAUGUUUAGGUCAACUUUUCUCCUAAACUAUCAAAGCUAUUGCUUUGAAACUUGGAAUACUUGUUCACCAUCAUAAGCAGACCCUGUACAUCAAGAAACAUAACUCCAUCUUGCUUUUUGCAAGAUUUAUUGCCCCUUUUGGACUUAGAAAAUCAGUUUUCUUGGUUAAGUUUUAUGUUUAGGUCAGCUUUUAUCCUAACUAUCAAAGCUAUUGCUUUAAAACUUGCAACACUUGUUCACCAUCAUAAGUUGACCCUGUAUAGCAAGAAACAUAACUCCGUCCUGCUUUUUGCAAGAUUUAUGGCCCCUUUUGGACUUAGAAAAUAUCAGAUUUCUUGGUUAAGUUUUAUGUUUAGGUCAACUUUUCUCUUAAACUAUCAAAGCUAUUGCUUUGAAACUUGCAACACUUGUUCACCAUCAUAAGCUGACCCUGUACAGCAAGCAACAUAACUCCAUCCUGCUUUUUGCAAUAAUUAUUGCCCCUUUUGGACUUAGAAAAUCAUUUUCUUGGUUGAGUAUUAUGUUUAAGUCAACUUUUCUCAUAAACUAUCAAAGCUAUUGCUUUAAAACUUGCAACAGUUUUUCACCAUCAUAAGUGGACACUGUACAUCAAGAAACAUAACUCUAUCCUGCUUUUUGCAAGAAUGAUGGCCCUUUUUAGACUUAGAAAAUCAUGGGUAGGACAAUAUUUCUAUUACACAAAAAAAAUCAGAUGAGCGUCAGCACCCGCAAGGCGGUGCUCUUGUUUUUAUUUCUUG